GGAGAGAGCGAGCAUUACACUGACUCACUCCAUCCUCCCCUCACUCAGCACUGGUCCUCGCAUCAUCUCUCCCCCUCUCGUAAACUCCAAACCAAAACAGAUGGUGGACAAACAGCACAUCUGUCCGGAAGCUCUACGACAAUAGACAGCAUCGCGCUGGACUCGAGCCCGGUCAUGUCAGAGUCCGACAAACGCUAGAUAUUCGCUGCGUUUUCUUGCUCUAUACCGUUAACAACGGCAGCCGGGGGAGGACCGCGAGUCUGUCUCGGUUCCUCCACCAAGCGGAGAAGAUGGCCGCCAUUAAGAUUUUAACCAGCGCUGGUCUUUUCUUGGCGUUUAGUGCACUGAUCUUGUUGGCAAUGGCCAUCUGCACCGAUUACUGGUACGAGACGGACGCUCGGCGGCACCGCGAACGCUGCAAAAACUACGCGAACAAGCGUAACGAUCCCGGAUAUAUUUACAUCUCAAAUCACAACUUGCCUCUUCAGAUGCCUCCAAAGGGCUAUGAGAGGAAAGAGAUGGAGCCGGUUGGGGUGCCGUCGCCUCGCGUCAAGCGACACGCUGUGGCUUCGGCCACCGCCAUGGAGUCUCACUGCAGCCGCCAGUUCAACUCCACGAUCUCCGGUCUGUGGAGAAAGUGCCAUCGCGAGGGGUUUGACCUGGAGAUCGAGGAUCUCAUUUACAAAGGGUUUAUUCAGAGAUGCGCUCCUGUGAAGUAUCACUACACAUCUUCAAUCCUCCCCCGAAACCUUCCCGUCAAUAUCACCAAGACCAUCCGGCAAGAUGAGUGGCACGCCCUCCAUCUGCGGCGGAUGACAGCAGGUUUUGUGGGCAUGGCUGUCUCUAUCAUCCUUUUUGGCUGGGUCAUAGGAGUUCUUGGAUGCUGUCAACAACAUGAUCUCAUGCAGUAUGUAGCUGGACUACUCUUCCUCAUGGGAGGAACCUGCUGUAUUAUCUCCCUUUGUACCUGCGUGGCGGGCAUUAACUUCGAGCUUUCACGUUACCCACGUUACCUGUAUGGACUUCCAGAGGACAUCAGUCAUGGUUACGGCUGGUCCAUGUUCUGUGCCUGGGGCGGACUAGGUCUCACCCUGCUAGCUGGUUUCUUAUGCACGCUGGCUCCUUCUUUAAGCAGCCCCUUGGCCCGCACCACAGUCCACAAGUCCAGGCACGAAAAUGGGACCGUGUGAACAGACUUCUGGAGCAACAUGUAUACAGCAUCCAUGUAAGGACAUCUGGCCUAUUCAUCACACAGUAUGACUGUAUCAUCGUCUCUUUCAUACGACUCAAGGGGCUUUUUGGCUUCCUCAAGGAUCACAUUUUCCAGCACAACUUGUGUACACCAUCCGUUUUAAAAAUGCAGUCUAUUAAUGCAUAAUGGAGAAAGUCCAUAAAAUGUCUGGCACGAACAUUUGCAGACGCUGAAGGAGUCUGUUCCGUGUGCAAACGGGAGUCACGUGCACUUCCACACUCUCCCUUGACUCACUUUCACCCUUUAUGGCACAAAAUUCUCUCUCCAGUUUACGACAGAGAGGCUGACUGGAGGCUACUGUCCUCUCUCCAUGAGGAUUCAUAAUAAAAUGGUGCUCUCUUUUCACAUUCUCGAACAAACAAGCAAAUCCAUGUCAAAUCCUAUUUCUUAAAAAAAAUCUUAACUGAGGCAAGAAUGAGGGCACUCGAAAGUAGAGACGAAAGCAUUUCUGUCACUAACGUUUCAAGAAGCAAAUUUCCCAAGGCCUCAAAGAGUAUGUAUGUGUAAAAAUACUUAGUUUCGUCUAGUUUCAGGUCUACGCUUGUAAGAAAUUAUGCUCGGAUACAAAUUAAGCCUUUUCACUUUUUAUGAUUGUAAUGACCUGGUGACCUGGCUUGGUCUGUGGUAGACGUUUUAAUUUGACUAAAUUGUUUCUCAAUGGCAUGUGAAUUAUUGACCUGAUUUGUUUUCAAAGUUUUUGUCAGGGUUGUUCUGAAAUGAAUUUAUUAUGAAGCCUUAUUGCUGUUGUGAGCACAAUAUGAUGAAAGUCAGCAUCUUGAUAUCACAACUAGAUGCUGUCGAAUAUUUAAGAUAAAACGAACCUGUUGGUUGCGCUUAUUAUAACAGACUUUCUAGGGAAUUCAGUGUUAUAAGUAGCUGCAAAGAGUGAUGUGAGGUCCAAAGUUGGAACACAUAGUGCGUCUUUGGACAAUAAUAAGUUAUAAGUGUUGGGUGGAUCAUAGGAAUAUAAUAGAUCCCAGGUAGAAUUUUCUAAGUUCCUGGUUCGAUCCUAAGUGUGGUGUUUCUUAUGGGUUCAAAAUAUGGCACUCAACAAACUAUAAUGUUUACAAGAUACGGUAUGUUUAUACUUACAUGACCAACUCAAGAAAUAACCAAACGAUAUUUUAAAGAACCCCGGACUAGUAAUAAUCUGGUAAUGUGUUUUCUUAAAGUGAGUGUGUCUCUACACAUUAUUAAUAAUUCAUGUUGAUUAUACCUGAUUGACAUUAUUUAAUCGGGAAUGCUAUGAAAAGCACAGUUACCACAAAUCUUUUAAUAUGCAUCACGUCUCUACUAAAUGUACAUUUAUAGUCUUGUACAUCUCCACAGAGUCCAAGCACAAUGUACUGGUGUCGAUAUCCACAUUUGUGAUGAGUAAAUGCAAUAGUUAUGAGACAUUAAAGACUGAAAAUACUGUGGUAGUAUUCUGAAAGCACAUUUGGAAAAACAUAUGCGUAAAAUAAGGUAUCAUCUGAUGAUAAAUUGAAGAGCACAGUCAUUUUUCUUGUAGUGCUUUAAUGGAGUUACAGAAUAGCUCACUGACAGUUUAGCUGAUUGGCAAAAACAUUUUUGUACAAGGAAUAAAAUUCCUCAACAAUGUGGCCAAAUGGAAUGACUUUAUUCAAAUACAUAAGGAAAAAAACACCAAAAUAAAACAAACUCCUUAGAUAGACAUAAAAGUGUUAUACAUACUAAAACCUUUCUGAGGAAUCCAAUAUCAGGUAUUAACAUACACAGAAGUAAUAUCCUUCAUGAAUAAUACAAAUGGAAUGGGGAGAUUUGAAAUGUAAACACAAGAACGUUGUGUAAGCAAAGAAAGGUGUUUAAAAGAAAUAAAAACACACCCAGGUGUUUUUGUCAUUCUUGGUGAGAUUUGUAUAAAAUUUGCCAUUUACUUUGGCAGUUAAAGUAGCACCAUUUUGUAUUCUUUGGGGUACAAGAAGUUUUUGCAGAUUCAUUUGAACGUGUCAUUGUCCCGCAUGCUGUCAUAUGGAUUAAUUUAAGUGUAUAAAAUCUGUGUCGAUUUUUGAAAUGACUUUUAUUUUAAGAAAUAAAAUUUAGUAGCAUUUCA